CGCUCAUUUCAGCUCAGUAUUCCGAGACACUACUGUAAAUUCAUUAUCUGGCAACACUGUUUAGCUCGCAAAACAGUGUCAGGGUAUUGGAGAAGACAAGAAGUGCUUCGGUUGCGCGGGUAGAACCUGGAUCGUUGAGUUUGCAGAGCGAACGAGGAGAAAAAUGGCGAUGGCAACAACUCAAGUUAAGGGAAGUGGCUGGCCGAGGAGAGCAAGUAACAGUUCGUUUGAAGGGAAAGUGCUACAGAACCAGUCUGUAACUAUCAACAGGACAGUUAAUUUAUAUCCUUUGACAAACUAUACAUUUGGAACAAAAGAGCCACUCUUCGAGAAAGAUCCGUCAGUGCCAGCAAGGUUUCAGCGAAUGAGAGAUGAAUUCGACAAGAUUGGAAUGCGCCGCAGUGUAGAAGGAGUUCUAUUGGUACAUGAACAUGGAUUACCACAUGUCCUCCUUCUACAAUUAGGAACAACAUUCUUCAAGUUACCUGGUGGAGAACUAAAUGCAGGAGAAGACGAGGUAGAGGGCCUAAAACGGCUCCUUACAGAGACAUUUGGACGUCAAGAUGGAGUCAAACAAGAAUGGGUGAUAGAAGAUACCAUUGGAAACUGGUGGAGACCCAAUUUUGAACCUCCUCAAUAUCCCUAUGUACCGCCACAUAUCACCAAACCAAAGGAACACAAAAGGUUGUUCCUUGUACAGUUACAAGAGAAAGCUUUAUUCGCUGUACCAAAAAAUUAUAAACUAGUCGCCGCACCGUUAUUCGAGUUAUUUAAUUUUAUCUAUAUGUGA